AUGUUCUCCGAAGAGAUGCUCGAAGAGAGACGGAAAGCUUUAGCGUUAAGAGCAGCGAAAAAAGAAGCAAAAGCCGAAGCAUCUCAUGCAACAAAUGGAAAACACAUUGGAGCUGAACAAGAAUCGGAGCUUGAAACUGCUCCUGCUUCUACUGCUGCUGAAACAGCUAAAACUGCUGCAGAAACAGCAAAACUAGCUGCUGAUACAGCAGUAAUCGCU